AUGGACCAGUUUAAGGGAAAUGAUGAAUAUGAACCAAGCUUCGACUUCCCCAAUGACUCUCGCAGUGACGAGUCUGGCGAUACCAUUGAUCAUGUCGAUACCCUCGAGCUGACCCGUAUCAACACUUAUCGACUACAACAAAAGACAACGGUGGGCUCUUCAAGAGGGCCAAUUCCUCGUGAAAGAUGGCUUCCAAUGGGGGCCAAUAAAGAAUAUCCUCCACUCCUUCCGGAUUCUGAAGGUUAUGUGGUCGAGUUUGAUGGAGCAAAGGAUCCGUUACAUCCAUAUAACUGGUCGAUGGCUAAACGAAUCAUAUCAGUUUGCAUCCUGUGUUAUGGAACAUUCGCCGGUUCCUUUGCUAGUGCUGUCUUCUCGGCUGCCAUCUCCGGCGUGAGCAAGGAAUUUCAUAUCAAUACAGAGGUCGCAUCCCUUGGAGUCACACUUUAUGUUCUUGGAUUCGCCGCUGGCCCAACGAUCUGGGCGCCAGCAUCUGAACUGAUCGGUCGGCGUGGACCUCUCUCUGCCGGUCUUUUGGGCUGUGCCAUAUUCACCAUCGCAUCUGCAGUGGCCAAAGACAUACAAACCAUCAUGAUCUGUCGGUUCUUUGCGGGUUUAUUCGCGGCUAGUCCGAUUUCGAUUGUUCCCGCUGUAUUUGCAGACAUUUUCAACAAUUCCCAACGUGGGGUUGUCAUGUCGAUCUUUUGCAUGGCUGUUUUCAUCGGGCCCUUCGCAGCCCCAUUUGUGGGUGGUUUCAUUGCCAUGAGCUCCCUCGGAUGGCGCUGGACAAUGUAUAUCUCGGCGAUCAUGAUUUUCGCGGGAUUCGCCCUGGUCGUGACAUUCCUUGAUGAAACCUACGCUCCAAUUAUCCUUGUCCGCAAAGCUGCUACGUUACGGCGUCAAACUCGCAAUUGGGGAAUCCACGCAAAGCAAGACGAAGUAGAGAUUGACUUCAACGAGCUUGUCCGGAAUAACUUUGCUCGGCCCAUCGUCAUGCUCUUCACUGAACCGAUCCUGCUUCUCAUUUCCCUUUACAUCUCUUUCAUUUAUGGCCUUAUCUACGCCUUGCUUGGCGCAUACCCAGUCAUCUUCCAAGGGGUAUAUGGGAUGAACAUGGGGGUUGGGGGUCUUGCUUUCAUUGGCCUCAUUGUUGGUGAACUCCUUGGUGGCGUUUACAUCCUCUUAAUCCAAGGCUCAUAUGCCAGGAAACUGGCAGCAAAUGGUGACAGCCCUGUUCCAGAAUGGCGGCUCUUCCCAGCAAUUGUUGGAGCUAUUAUAUUUUCGAUCGGAAUGCUUUGGCUUGGUUGGACUGGAUACACUUCGACCAUUCACUGGAUGGCUCCAGUAGCUUCAGGAGUUUUGACCGGAGCUGGAAUCUUCUUGAUCUUCUUGCAGUGUUUUAACUACAUUGUUGACUGCUACCCUUCCUUAGCGGCGUCCACCAUUGCUGCGAACACCAUCCUACGCUCAGCAAUCGGCUGCGCGUUUCCGCUUUUCUCACGGCAGAUGAUGGAGAAUCUUGGAGUACAAUGGGCCGGGACCAUGUUGGGAUGUAUCGCUGCUGCGAUGAUUCCCAUUCCAGUGCUUUUCAAGGUAUACGGUCCAUGGUUGCGAAGUAAAAGCAAACUGGCGUGUUCGCCCAUUUAUGAUCUGGAGAAGAAAACAUAUGACGUCUGA